GCACUUCCGCUUUCCGUCGGUUUUGUCCCUCUAAUGUUGCUGUCUUCACACUACUGUAGCAGGUGAUGUACACGGAUAUGCUGUUUGUGAUACGGAAACUUUUCAUGUGUUCGGUUAACCGAUUCCGUAAACCAAACCAAACGUAAUGGACAUGUUGGCACCUAUGCGUCUCUACACUCUCACUAGGAGGCAUUUUGUUCUGGUGUUCGGUGUUUUCCUCAUCUGCUUUGUGCUCACUGUCUUUGUGGGUGUAGCAGGGCCAAAAGUCAUUGCAGAGAAUUCAUACAAUGUCUUAAGCACUGGAGUCAAUGGAUCUAAGACUGGACCCUUUCAGAUAAAAUCUCCACCACUAUCCAAUUACAACCAGCAACUGUGGCUCAUGUGUGUCAUACAGAUUACACAAAACAAUGAAGAAGAUUUCCGGAAAAAUAUUGAGAUGAAUGUGGAAUUAAAAGGUGUGCUGCAGGAUGCCAGCAUUAUGAACAUCAGUGACAAUGUGCACCGGAAAUCACGCUUUCUCCACUGUGCACAACCCCACCAGUUGUGUGAUGAGAUCAUUGUUGCGCACCUGGGCUACCUGAACUACACACGGUAUCAAAUCAAUGUUAGCCUUAAAGGCCUGGAGGGCAUGUCCCAAAACAUCCAAAAUGUCACGUUUGUGAUUAAGACAUACAACCCCAAAUUCUCCCAGAUGGAGAUCUGGUUCCGGUUCGUGUUUGUUGUUUUGACCUUCAUAGUGACGUGUGUUUUUGCCCACUCCCUGAGGAAAUUCUCCAUGAGGGAUUGGGGGAUAGAGCAGAAGUGGAUGUCUAUUCUUUUGCCUUUACUUUUGCUGUACAAUGAUCCGUUCUUCCCAUUGUCAUUUCUGACAAAUAGCUGGAUUCCUGGAACAUUGGACACUUUCUUCCAGGCACUAUUCCUGUGUGCUCUUCUGCUGUUUUGGCUCUGUGUAUACCAUGGCAUCAGAGUUCAGGGAGAGAGAAAGUUUGCAACUUUCUACUUGCCCAAACUGGUGAUUGUGGGAAUGCUGUGGAUAUCUGCUGUCAUUCUGGGCAUAUGGCAACUGUUAAAUGAGCUGCAGGAUCCCACAUAUCGAUAUAAUAUGGACAUGCAGCACUUUCAGGGACUGAAAGUAUUCUUCCUCUUGGUGGCAGUUCUGUAUGGUCUUUACCUGGUGUUUUUGCUUGUGAGAGCAUGGUCGGAGCUGAAGAAUAUGCCUUAUGCCGAUUUACGAUUGAAGUUUUUAACAGCUCUGACAUUUCUGAUCUUGGUGAUUAGUAUGGUCAUUCUUUACAUGCGAUUUGGAUCAAAAGCUCUACAAGACAACUUUGUAGCAGAAUUAUCCACCCAUUAUCAGAAUUCAGCUGAAUUUUUAUCCUUUUAUGGACUUCUCAAUUUUUACCUCUACACAUUAGCUUUUAUUUACUCACCCUCUAGAAAUACCUUGUAUGAUUCCCAGAUGAAAGAUAAUCCUGCUUUUUCUAUGCUAAAUGACUCCGAUGAUGAAGUGAUUUAUGGGAGUGACUAUGAAGUAAUGCCUCUUCAAAAUGGCCGUGCAAUUAAAACCACCUCCAAGUACCAAGAUGAGAGUGACAGUGACUAACCUAAUUCAGCAAUCAUGAUUUGUUGUUUCCAGCAUUUUGAGACAUAGAAUGAGUAUGUACAGCACUAUGAUGAUGAUGCUGUGUGUGUGUGUGUGCGUGUGUGUGAGUAUGUGUGUGUGAGCGUGUGUGAGAGUAUGUGUGUGAGUAUGCGUGUGUAAAUAUGUGUGUGAGUAUGUGUGCGUGUGUGUGAGCGUGUGCGUGAGUGAGCGUGUGUGUGUGAGCGUGUGUGUGUGCGAGUAUGUGUGCGUGUGUGAGCGUGUGUGUGUGAGCGUGUGUGAGCGUGUGUGUGUGAGCGUGUGUGUGUGAGCGUGUGCGUGAGUGAGCGUGUGCGUGAGUGAGCGUGUGUGUGAGCGUGUGUGUGCGUGUGUGUGUGAGCGUGUGUGUGUGAGCGUGUGUGUGUGAGCGUGUGUGUGUGAGCGUGUGUGUGUGAGUAUGUGUGUGUGAGAGCGUGUGAGCAUGUGUGUGUGCGAGUAUGUGUGUGUGAGCGUGCGUGAGCGUGUGUGUGUUCGCGAGCGUGUGUGUGUGAGCGUGUGCGUGAGUGAGCGUAUGUGUGUGUGUGUGUGAGCGUGUGUGUGUGAGUAUGUGUGUGUGAGCGUGCGUGAGCGUGUGUGUGUGAGCGUGCGUGAGCGUGUGUUUGUGAGCGUGUGCGUGAGUGAGCGUAUGUGUGUGUGUGUGUGAGCGUGUGUGUGUGAGUAUGUGUGUGUGAGCGUGCGUGAGCGUGUGUGUGUGAGCGUGCGUGAGCGUGUGUUUGUGAGCGUGUGCGUGAGUGAGCGUAUGUGUGUGUGUGUGUGAGCGUGUGUGUGUGAGUAUGUGUGUGUGAGCGUGCGUGAGCGUGUGUGUGUGAGCGUGUGCGUGAGUGAGCGUAUGUGUGUGUGUGUGUGAGCGUGUGUGUGUGAGCGUGUGUGUGUGAGCGUGUGCGUGAGUGAGCGUAUGUGUGUGUGUGUGUGAGCGUGUGUGUGUGAGCGUGUGUGUGUGAGUAUGUGUGUGUGAGAGCGUGCGAGUAUGUGUGUGUGAGCGUGUGUGUGUGAGCGUGUGUGUGUUCGCGUGCGUGAGCGUGUGUGUGUGAGCGUGUGCGUGAGUGAGCGUAUGUGUGUGUGUGUGUGUGAGCGUGUGUGUGUGAGCGUGUGUGUGUGAGCGUGUGUGUGUGAGCAUGUGUGUGUGAGCGUGCGUGAGCGUGUGUGUGUGUUCGCGUGCGUGAGCGUGUGUGAGCGUGUGCGUGAGUGAGCGUAUGUGUGUGUGUGUGAGCGUGUGUGAGCGUGUGUGUGUGAGCGUGUGUGUGUGAGCGUGUGUGUGAGUAUGUGUGUGUGAGAGCGUGCGAGUAUGUGUGUGUGAGCGUGCGUGAGCGUGUGUGUGUGUUCGCGUGCGUGAGCGUGUGUGUGUGAGCGUGUGCGUGAGUGAGCGUAUGUGUGUGUGUGUGUGUGUGUGAGCGUGUGUGUGUGAGCGUGUGCGUGAGUGAGCGUAUGUGUGUGUGUGUGUGAGCGUGUGUGUGUGAGCGUGUGUGUGUGAGCGUGUGUGUGUGAGAGCGUGCGAGUAUGUGUGUGUGAGCGUGCGUGAGCGUAUGUGUGUGUGUGUGAGCGUGUGUGUGUGAGUAUGUGUGUGUGUGAGCGUGUGUGUGUGAGCGUGUGUGUGUGAGCGUGUGUGUGUGAGCGUGUGUGUGUGAGUAUGUGUGUGUGAGAGCGUGCGAGUAUGUGUGUGUGAGCGUGCGUGAGCGUGUGUGUGUGUGAGUGCGUGCGUUGAAGUAAAAUUGAGAUGUAUUCCACCCCAGUCAGAACUUGUUAUUGUAAAGCUCUGCAUGGAGGCUUUCUAUAAAAGCAAAUCAAAUUUGCCAUUAGAGUAAUCUUUACCUACUCCUCCCUGUCAACUAACAUUUUCUAGUUACAUUACAAACUGAGAAAAGCUCUUCCUGAAAACACUUUAGCUUUAUUCCUUUUUGGAGGUCAGUUCAUCUUCUAUCGAACUAUGACAUUUUGACAGGGGUGUCUAAAUCUUUGCAUCCCACUUUACAUAAGGUAACCAUAAGGUAUUUAAUGUGCCAUCACUUUAGCACAAUGCAUUUUGUGUGAAAUGUGUAAAAUGUCAUGUAAAAAAGGACACACUAUUAAACUUGUCUUUUUU